GGAGCCGCGGGCGCGGCGGGGCGGAGCGGCCCGAGGAGCAGCGGGCUGGCUGCCGGGCGGGGAUCCGGCCCGGGACCGGCGGCGCGCGGCGGCCGAGGCCCAGCUCCAGGACGUGCGCCCCGAGCCCGGGAGGCAUGCUGAGGCCAGGCCGCCGGCAGGAUGAGUGUGAACGAGGCGGGCAGCUCCGGCCGCCGGGGGCAGGCGGCCUACCACCUGCACAUCUACCCGCGGCUGGCCACCAGCGAGAGCCAGGCCCCGUGCCAGGCCUCAUGCCGCGUGACGGCCACCAAGGACAGCACCACGUCCGACGUCAUCCAGGACGCCAUUGCCAGUCUGCAGCUGGACGGCAGCAAGCGCUACGUGCUAGUGGAGGUCAAGGAGACAGGCGGGGAGGAGUGGGUGCUGGAUGCCAACGACUCGCCUGUGCACCGCGUGCUGCUAUGGCCACGGCGGGCACAGGACGAGCACCCCCAGGAGGACGGCUACUACUUCCUGCUGCAGGAGCGCGACGUGGACGGGACCAUCAAGUAUGUGCACAUGCAGCUGGUCCAGGCCACGGCCGCCCGGCGCCUGGUGGAACGUGGCCUUCUGCCCCGGCCACAGGCGGACUUUGACGACCUGUGCAACCUCCCCGAGCUGACAGAGGAGAACCUCCUGAAGAACCUCAAGCACCGUUUCCUGCAGCAGAAGAUCUACACAUAUGCCGGGAGCAUCCUCGUGGCCGUCAACCCCUUCAAGUUCCUCCCCAUCUACAACCCCAAGUACGUGAAGAUGUACGAGAACCAGCAGCUGGGCAAGCUGGAGCCGCACGUGUUCGCACUGGCUGAUGUCGCCUACUAUGCCAUGCUCCGGAAGCAUGUCAACCAGUGCAUCGUCAUCUCGGGCGAGAGCGGCUCGGGCAAGACCCAGAGCACCAACUUCCUGAUCCACUGCCUCACCGCCCUGAGCCAGAAGGGCUACGCCAGCGGCGUCGAGAGGACCAUCCUUGGUGCUGGUCCCGUGCUGGAGGCCUUCGGAAAUGCUAAAACAGCCCACAACAACAAUUCCAGCCGAUUUGGGAAAUUCAUCCAGGUCAACUAUCUGGAGAGUGGCAUCGUGAGAGGAGCUGUUGUUGAAAAGUACCUGCUUGAAAAGUCUCGCCUGGUCUCUCAAGAGAAGGAUGAGAGGAACUACCACGUGUUUUAUUAUUUGUUACUUGGCGUCAACGAGGAGGAGCGUCAGGAAUUUCAGCUCAAGCAGCCUGAAGAUUAUUUCUACCUCAACCAGCAUAACUUGAAGAUCGAAGAUGGGGAGGACCUGAAGCACGACUUUGAAAGACUCAAGCAGGCCAUGGAGAUGGUGGGCUUCCUCCCUGCCACCAAGAAGCAGAUUUUUUCCAUCCUCUCAGCCAUCCUGUACCUGGGCAAUGUCACUUACAAGAAGAGAGCCACGGGCCGAGACGAAGGCCUGGAGGUUGGGCCCCCCGAGGUCCUCGACACGCUGUCACAGCUCCUGAAGGUGAAGCGAGAAAUCUUGGUGGAAGUUCUGACCAAAAGAAAAACGGUGACUUCUAAUGACAAACUCAUCCUUCCCUAUAGUCUCAGUGAGGCCAUCACUGCCCGUGACUCCAUGGCCAAGUCCCUGUACAGUGCCCUCUUUGAUUGGAUCGUGCUGCGGAUCAACCACGCCCUCCUCAACAAGAAGGACAUGGAAGAAUCUGUCUCGUGCCUGUCUAUCGGGGUCCUUGACAUCUUUGGGUUUGAGGACUUUGAGAGGAACAGUUUUGAACAGUUCUGCAUCAACUACGCAAACGAGCAGCUCCAGUACUACUUCAACCAGCACAUCUUCAAACUGGAGCAGGAGGAGUACCAGAGCGAAGGAAUCUCAUGGCAUAACAUCGACUACACAGACAACGUUGGCUGCAUCCAUCUGAUCAGCAAGAAGCCCACUGGCCUCUUCUAUCUGCUGGACGAAGAGAGCAACUUUCCCCACGCCACAAGCCAGACCCUGCUGGCCAAGUUCAAACAGCAACAUGAGGACAACAGGUACUUCCUCGGCACCCCCGUCAUGGAGCCGGCCUUCAUCAUUCAGCACUUUGCAGGGAAAGUGAAAUAUCAGAUCAAGGACUUCCGGGAGAAGAACAUGGACUACAUGCGGCCGGACAUCGUGGCCCUCCUGCGGGGCAGUGACAGCUCCUACGUGCGGGAGCUCAUCGGCAUGGACCCCGUGGCUGUGUUCCGCUGGGCGGUGCUCCGGGCCGCCAUCCAGGCCAUGGCCGUGCUCCGGGAGGCUGGGCGCCUGCGGGCCGAGAGGGCCGAGAAGGCUGCAGGUCUGAGCAGCUCUGGUGCCCGAAGUCACCCAGGAGAGCUGCAGAGAGGAGCCAGCACCCCAUCGGAAAAGCUGUACCGCGAUUUGCAUGACCAAAUCAUCAAGACCAUCAAAGGAUUGCCCUGGCAGGGUGAGGACCCCCGUAGGCUUCUCCAGUCCCUCAGUCGGCUCCAGAAACCCCGCACCUUCAUCCUGAAAAGUAAAGGUAUCAAACAAAAGCAGAUCAUUCCAAAGAACCUGCUGGACUCCAAAUCCCUGAAGCUCAUCAUCAGUAUGACCCUGCAUGACCGCACCACCAAGUCCCUGCUGCACCUGCACAAGAAGAAGAAGCCACCCAGCAUCAGCGCCCAGUUCCAAACAUCCCUUAAUAAGCUCCUGGAGGCGCUGGGCAAGGCAGAGCCCUUCUUCAUCCGCUGCAUCCGCUCCAACGCCGAGAAGAAAGAGCUGUGUUUCGAUGAUGACCUGGUGCUGCAGCAGCUGCGCUACACGGGCAUGCUGGAGACCGUGCGGAUCCGGAGGUCGGGCUACAGUGCCAAGUACACGUUCCAGGAUUUCACGGAGCAGUUCCAAGUGCUGCUGCCCAAGAAUGCCCAGCCCUGCAGGGAGGUCAUCUCUGCCCUGCUGGAGAAGAUGGACAUAGACAAGAGGAGCUACCAGAUCGGGAAGACCAAGGUUUUCCUAAAGGAGACAGAGAGGCAGGCCCUGCAGGAGACACUGCACCGGGAGGUCGUGCGGAAGAUCCUGUUCCUGCAGAGCUGGUUCCGGAUGGUGCUGGAGCGCAGGCACUUCCUGCAGAUGAGGCGGGCAGCUGUCACCAUCCAGGCCUGCUGGCGGUCCUAUUGCGUGAGACGGGCCCUGGAGAGGACGCAGGCGGCAGUGUACCUCCAGGCUGUGUGGAGGGGCUACCGGCAGCGGGCAGCCUACCAGCGCCAGAGACUGAGCAUCAUCCGCCUGCAGAGCCUCUGCCGGGGGCACCUGCAGCGCAAGAGCUUCAGCCGGAUGGUGGCAGAGAAGCAGAAGGCUGCAGAGAAGAAAAGGGAAGCCCAGCAGGCCACCAGGGAAGAAUUGGCAGAAGGCGGGCCGGGCCAGGCGGCUGGGCUGGAGCCCAUGCAGGGCCCAGAACCAUCCAAGGACAGCAAGCAUUUGGCGCUGGAGCCUGAAGUGGAGCCCAGCGACGGGCCCCUAGGGGAGAGUGUCCAAGUGGAGAAGGAGGUCCCGAGCCCAGAGAAGGCUCUCCCACCACAGAAAAACGCAGUGGAAAGUCACGAGAAAGUGCCCAGCAGCCGGGAGAAGCGAGAGUCACGGCGUCAGAGGGGGCUGGAGCACGUGAAUCUCCAGAACAAACAUAUCCAGUCCUGUAAGGAAGAGCACAUCCCCAGAGAACCUUCGGGAAGGGCCGUCCCAGAGCCCGAGGAGAGCUUCCUGGAAGACAGAAAGAAGAGCAGAGAAGAUGAAAUCCCUUCAGAUUCAAGGACUGAGCCCGAGACAGCGCCUCCUAAAAUGCAGCCUGAGGUGCCCCUACAGUCCAUGCUGGGCAGCCAGGCCUCGGGGGGAACCCAGGGUGGCCACGCAGAACGACCCACCAGCCUAGCUCUGGACAGCAAGGUCCAAGCCCUAGCCCCCAGUGCCUCCCCAGAGACCCCCAAGGACAAGAGCAAGCCAGGGGUCAGCCCCAGGGCACAGGACCGGGCCGAGAGCCCCGGAGGCUCCACCCAGAUUCAGCGGUACCGGGACACAGAUGCCGAGCGUCUGGCCAGCGCUGUGGAGCUCUGGCGUGGCAAGAAGCUGAUGACCGCCAGCCCCAGCGCCAUGCUGAGCCAGUCCCUGGACCUCAGCGAGCGGCACCGGGCUGUGGGGGCCUCGCUCACGCCCACGGAGGAGAGGCGCAUUUCCUUAUCUGCCAGUGAUGUCUCCAAGCUCCUCUCAUCCCCAUCCCAGACCAAGACUCAGCCUUCUACAGAAACCGUGGAUGGGGAGCCCAGCACAAAGAAGCCAGCCAUCCAGAAGAAGAAGUCGAGCGAGGCAUCCUUCAGCACAGACUCGGGGCUGUCCCCAGGCUCCGCCGACUCUAAAUCCACAUUUAAGAGACUCUUCCUGCAUAAAAACAAGGAUAAAAAAUACACCUUGGAGGGCACAGAGGAGACGGAGAACACAGUACUCGGGCCUGUGGUGCUGGAAGCCACCACCAUGAAGAAGACUCUAGAAGCCCCCUCCGGCAACCAGCACCGCCACACCACCAGUGAGAAGCACACCAAGGAGCCGGGAAGCAAAGGGAAGAAGAACCGAAACCUCAAGAUCGGCAAAAUCACGGUGUCAGAGAAGUGGCGAGAGUCGGUGUUCCGCAAGAUCACCAAUGCCAAUGAGCUCAAGUACCUGGAUGAGUUCCUGCUCAACAAGAUAAAUGACCUGCGUUCCCAGAAGACUCCCAUUGAGGGCUUGUUCAUCGAAGCCACCGAGAAGUUCAGAAGCAACCUCAAGACCAUGUACUCCGUCCCUAACGGGAAGAUCCACGUUGGCUACAAGGACCUGAUGGAGAACUACCAGAUCAUGGUGAGCAACCUGGCGGCCGAGCAUGGCGAGAAGGACCCCAACCUGGUCCUCAACACCUUCCAGUCCCUGCUGGAUGAGUUCACCCGCAGGCACACCAAGAACGACUUCGAGCCUCCCAAGCAGAGCAAAUCUCAGAAGAAGAAGCGGAAGCAGGAACGCGCUGUCCAGCAGCACAACGGGCAUGUGUUCGCCAGCUACCAAGUGAGCAUCCCACAGUCGUGCGAGCAGUGCCUCUCCUAUAUCUGGCUCAUGGACAAGGCCCUGCUCUGCAGUGUGUGCAAGAUGACCUGCCACAAGAAGUGUGUGCACAAGAUUCAGACCUACUGCUCUUACACAAGCGGGAAGCAGAUCGAGCCAGGCACUGAGCCCGGCCACUUUGGAGUGUGCGUGGACAGCCUGACCAGCGACAAGGUCUCAGUGCCCAUCGUGCUGGAGAAGCUUUUGGAACAUGUGGAGAUGCACGGCUUGUAUACUGAGGGCCUCUAUCGCAAGUCAGGUGCGGCCAAUCGCACCAGAGAACUCCGGCAGGCAUUGCAGACAGACCCCACAGCAGUCAAACUGGAGAACUUUCCUAUCCACGCCAUCACCGGGGUGCUCAAACAGUGGCUCCGAGAGCUGCCCGAGCCCCUCAUGACCUUUGCCCAGUACGGUGACUUCCUCCGCGCCGUAGAGCUGCCAGAGAAGCAAGAGCAGCUGGCCGCCAUCUAUGCCGUCUUGGAGCACCUGCCAGAAGCCAACCACAACUCCCUGGAACGGCUCAUCUUUCACCUGGUCAAGGUGGCCCUGCUCGAGGAUGUGAACCGCAUGUCACCCGGUGCGCUGGCCAUCAUCUUCGCACCCUGCCUCCUGCGCUGCCCAGACAACUCAGACCCACUGACCAGCAUGAAAGACGUCCUCAAGAUCACCACGUGCGUGGAGAUGCUGAUCAAAGAACAGAUGAGGAAGUACAAAGUGAAGAUGGAGGAGAUCAACCAACUGGAGGCUGCGGAGAGCAUCGCCUCCCGAAGGCUCUCUCUCCUGAGACAAAACGCUCCAUGGCCUCUCAAACUGGGGUUUUCGUCUCCCUAUGAGGGGGUCCUGAUCAAGAAUCCCAAGACCCGGAUGAAAAGCAGCGGUGGCCUGGAGGAACUGGGGGUGCUGCCAGAGGAAGAAGCAGCUGGUGGUGACGAGGAUCGAGAGAAGGAGAUCCUAAUCGAGCGGAUCCAGUCCAUCAAGGAGGAGAAGGAGGACAUCACGUACCGGCUGCCGGAGCUUGACCCUCGGGGCUCCGAUGAAGAGAACCUGGACUCAGAGACUUCAGCCAGCACUGAAAGCCUGUUGGAAGAGCGGGCCAGGCGGGGGGCCUCGGAAGGGCCCCUCGCGCCUGCUCUCCCCUGCCCCAGCGUGCCCGCCCCGAGCCCCCUCCCUGAGGCGGCCGCCCUUCCUCGACGAAGGCCGUUGUCCUUCGCGACGGUCAGAGUGAAGACCCCCCGGCGGACCCCCAUCAUGCCCACGGCCAACAUCAAGCUCCCGCCUGGCCUGCCUGCCUAUCUCACUGGCCGGGCACUGGGCACCCAGGAAGCUGCUGCCCCUGUGAGGCGCCGAGAGCCGCCUGCCCGCCGCCCGGACCAGGUACACUCUGUGUACGUCACGCCUGGCGCUAACCUGCCCUCGCAGGGCCCUCAGGAGACCCUAGACAAGGAUGACCGGCCUCCUGGGGCCAAGCGGAGGUACUCGGACCCCCCAACCUACUGCCUACCCCCUGCCUCGGGCCAGGCCAAUGGCUGAGGGCCCACAGCUGCCAGAGUCUGGACAUCCAAGGACGGCCUGGUGCCGCGGCCCAAGCGCUGGAGCUCCAGAGCCUGCAUUCAGCGGUCUGAGAAGGAUCCGGAAUGAAAAGCUCCAAGAGCGACGUGAGGUGGGCACUGGCUCCAAGUGAGUCCAGGCAGGGAGAGGCCGGCUGAGACCCGGCCACCCUUGCUGAGCCCCCACGUCGCACAGAGGUGCCCGCCCAGAGCACCAAAUCACGGUGGGCAGCCUGGCGUCUCCCAACUUCCCUUUUAUAUGUUUUUGAGGUCACUGUUUUCUUUGUGCGUGGUUUACAUAACUUUAAACUGUAACAGCCUUAACAGAGGACCAAAUCGGUUUUUUAUAUGUGUAUGUACAAACUUUUGUAUUAACGCCCUGCAUCUCCCUUAUAACCUGGACAUGAGUCUUCAGAGCAAAGCCCACACAGCCGCCAAGCUUUGGAGGCUCAGACCCAAUGCUGAAGCACAGCUCGGGGCAGACCAAGGGCUGGGACCCUGCCUAAGGGAUUUGGACACUUGAGGCACACGACUGCCCCAAGUCUAUCUCAGAUUCGUACGCCAGCCUGGCUGACAUGCAUUCGAGGGAGCAGUGGAACCUUCCAUGGUGAUCGAUUGUUGGCUGGAGCCAGGCAGUAGGCGGCCUCCACUCCAGGCACCACAGACCUCACAUCCCAGGGAGUCUCGAAUGUGGCCAUCGCUCCUCUGUUCACUGUGCCUUGGACCCAGGAGGCUGGAGUAGGCCGCCCUUGGCACUGCCCGCCCCCUGUGGCAGAACAAGAGCCCGCAACUCAGGACUGAUCAUGGGUGGGGAGGGCAAGGCCUAGGGUUGUACGUCCCUGCAAGUCUACGGCGACAGCCUGGGCAGCUGGCAUCUCUGGAGCGAGGCUCUCUUCUUAGGCUCAGCUCACUCUCCAGAUACCUGGACACAUGGCCACAGGUCUGGGACAAGAGGCAUCUGCAAGCCAUGUGAAAUAAAAAAAAAGUGCCUGA